GGCGUCUUGAAGCCGCCGCUCACGUGAUCGCGGGCAAGAUGGUGGCGGCCAUAGGGGGGGUAGUGGAGGUGGGAGGGCCUGCGGUGUGAGGACGGGGCCUGGCGGCGCGGACUUCAAAAUGACAGGAAGAGAAUUUCUUGAACUAGAUUCUCCACAGCGGAGACUAUAUUUGGAAAGAGUGAAGCGGGUGGAAAUCAUACACAAGUUGUUGAAUGAGCUUCCUAAAUCAGAUCAGAACCUUUGUAAUCAUGGAUCAUACUUCCUUGCAGGAAAUGCAAGCUUAUGUGGCUUAACAGCAAAUAAUUACUUCAGGAAGAUCUUAAAUGUCAGAAAGGCUGCCAUAAUAUCUGCUUUGCCAAUGGCUGUUAUUCCAUUUAUUUCAACAGUGGCAGUUUAUGAUGCUUUUCUGCGUGGCCCUCUAUUUUCAGGUGAGCUGGACUGCCAAGUCUGUGCCAUGGUCAGAGGAGGAUUAAUAGGUGCUGUUGUGGGUGGUCUCUACCCUAUUUUCAUGGCUAUCCCUGUGAAUGGAAGCCUUGCAGCCAGGUACUCUUCAUCUCCCUUGCCAGGGAAAGAGAACUUACUGCGCUUCUGGCUCUCAGUUUCUCAGCCUGUCUUUAGAAAGAUGAGAUUGGGUGUGCUUAUACAGGUUCUGACUGGAGCUUUUCUUGCCACUAAACAUCACGGAGUGUAUGUCAAAGUACUGGAGCAGAUGAAGCCCGGCAGGGAUCCUGAAGAGUUACAAGCCUGAAGUUGAACAACUUUCCAGUUUCCAUGGAUAAGAAAUUGUAAUAAACAAAGAAGUUGGUGCUUGCUGUCCUUCUUCUAAUAGAAAAUAAGUUAAGACUGUGUGCUGACAUUCUUUUCAACCCUGAACUUGAGUGUAAGUUAAGUUCUUCAUCGUGCCUGGCACAGAAUAUAUACCUUGAUAACAUCUCCAUAAAAAUAAGUGGUUUUCUUUGGAAAUGGGGAAAAAUAAGUAAUUUUUUUAUUGCGUGCUUACGGUUUGGCUGGUGGUGAUUCUGCAUUUACAGAUGUGCAAGUAAGUUUAUUAAAAAAAUUAAUAAUGUUACGAUAAUGCAGAUAACACUGAUAUUUAAAAACAAAUCAUGCAAUUUUUAUUUUUUUUUCCUUGAGAUUCCUGAAAAUCUGAGUACUUUCCUCCCUGAACUUCACUGAAGUAGAAUUCCUGUCACAGAUUUUGUUUGGGCUGUUACCUGGGUACAGCUAUAAGCUGCAGGGAGCACCAUGAUCACAGAGCAGGCAGGAGUGAUAUUCAUGUCAGAGCAUUCCCAGCACAUGCAUUGACACUGGGACCAAAAAAAGCCUAACUGGAACAAACUGUCCUCCAACCAGUUUGCCUUGAAAUUGGUCUUCUCCUGAAGCAAUGAACUACAUUGAGAGGCCUCAAAGGGCUGUUGCUGUGGUACCUCAGCAUCCUCUAGUUAGAAAUUAGUGGUUCAGAGUGCUUUCUUUGUGAGUCAGGCCUGUAUUCACCCUGACAGCUCUAUGUUCUAGAGGCUUGAUUUCCAGCUGGAGACCAGCAGCAAGCAGUGCUCUUCAAAGAGUCUGCAUUGGGAGCAGUGUUAACAUCUUUUUGAGUAAAGGCAAUAGGAUUUUCUACAGAAGCAAUCAUCUCAGUGUGCUGCGUGGUCUUCUUUGUAAAACCUACAUCAUUACUGAGCAGCAGCUACAUACAUUUUAUUUAAAUUCUACUAUCCCCAGAGAUGCAAACAGUAAUUUAUAUAUUAAGAAUUCAGCCCUAACUGGCUUUCUUAAAAAAUUCCAAGUUGGACACUGAUGAAGGUUGUAUUUUAGUUUCAUGUUUAUUUUAGUUUCCUUGUUAUAGCAGGACAAUCAUAGUAGGAAUCAUAGUGAGAAAGUCUCACUACCAUGCUAUUAUUUCUCUGUAACCAGGAGCAGUGGCCUUAUUUGUACAGGCAAAGCACAAAAUGACACUGCAGCUGCAACAGCUGUUACACAAAGUUGGUUUACUUUUGCUUAGCCUGAAGCAUUCCUAUGUUCUCACACUGACCUGCAGCUAAGGGGACACUUUGGCCAGCCUUACCUUCAUCAUCCUCCACUUUAGUGAUUCUCACAAAUAUUUUACUAGGCAGUGAACGAUGGUAUUUCCAAGAGUUGUAUCAUCAGACUUUAACUCACUGAACCAC